AUGAACAUGCGAUCGUUUCUCGGGACCUGGGUGGCCCUUUUGGUGAUAACUGCGCGGCAGCAAGCUCACGCCACGACGAGUCUGUAUCCGUUCUGGCAGAACGACACGAAAACGCCCAAAGUUGAUGAUGGAAGCUCUCCCGAGAUCAAGAUUUCUGUGCCAUUCAUCUUUUUUGGAGCCUCAUACAGAAGCAUUUAUGUCAACAACAACGGCGUGAUUUCCUUCAACACGCUCGUCAGCCAGUUCACACCAGAAGCCUUCCCCCUGGCAGAUGGCCGGGCCUUCAUCGCGCCCUUCUGGGCAGACGUGCACAACGGCAUCCGCGGAGAAGUCUACUACAGAGAGAGCACGGACCCCGAGCUGCUGCGGAGAGCCUCCAAAGACAUCCGCAAGCACUUCAAAGACUCUUUCUCUGCCACCUGGGUCUUCAUCGUCACCUGGGAGGAAGUCACUUUCUACGGAGGAAGCAGCACGACUCCGGUAAACACUUUCCAAGCUGUCCUGAUCACAGAUGGAGCAUCGUCUUUUGCCAUGUUUAACUACCAUGAAAUCAGCUGGACCACGGGGACAGCCAGCGGAGGGGACCCCCUGACCGGUCUUGGCGGAGUGAUGGCCCAGGCUGGCUUCAAUGGUGGAAACAUCACUAAUUUCUUUAGCAUCCCAGGCUCCAGAACCCCAGACAUAGUCAAUAUCGAAGAAACAACCAAUGUUAACAUCCCCGGGCGCUGGGUUUUCAAAAUAGACGGCAGAGAGAUAGAUCCAGCGAAUGGCUGCAGCCUGAGAGGACAGUUUCUCCGUCAAGGGGAGAUCUUCUGGGACAACGCCAACUGCACCACCAAGUGCCGCUGCCUGGACUUCAGCAAUGAGAUCUUCUGCCAGGAGGUGGCUUGCAGCCCCUUUGAAGCGUGCGAGCUAAAGACCAAGUUCUUCCAGUGCGUGCCGGUGGAGAGCAGCACCUGCGUGGUGUUCGGAGAUCCACAUUACCACACCUUCGAUGGCUUCCUCUUUCACUUCCAGGGUUCCUGCUCCUACCUCCUCGCCAGGCAGUGCUGGCCAGGCUCCCAGCUGCCCUACUUCAACGUGGAGGCCAAGAACGAGAACCGAGGCGGCUCUUCCGUCUCCUGGCUGAGGGAUAUUUUUGUGGAGGUCUACUCGCACAAGAUCGUCCUCCCCAAGGACAGCUUUGGGAAAGCAAAGGUGGAUGACUUGGUGGUGUCCCUACCCAUCUCUCUGGAACUGGGUGCAAUAAAAGUCUACCAGAGCGGCUUGUCCACAGCCCUGGAGACAGACUUUGGCCUGUUGGUGACCUACGAUGGACAACACUACGCCUCCGUCUCCGUUCCGGGCACGUACAUCAACUCCACGUGCGGUCUGUGCGGGAAUUACAACAAAGACCCCGAGGACGAUACCCUCCGCUCGGACGGCAGACUGGCCGUGUCUGUGCCGGAGCUGGGUGAGAGCUGGCGAGUGCCGCACCCCGAGCGAAAAUGCUCGCCCGGCUGCUUGGAGAACUGCACCCUGUGCGACGCCGCCGCUGAGUCUCUCUAUUUCACCUCUGAGUACUGUGGCUUCAUCAACAAGAGCGGCGGACCCCUGUGGGAGUGCAGCACCGUCGUGGACCCCACCGCCUUCGUCCACAGCUGCGUCUAUGACCUCUGCAGCGCGCGGGAUAACGGCACGGGGCUAUGCCAAGCCAUCCAAGCGUACGCUGCGGUGUGCCAGGCCCUGGCCAUCCGGUGGGAGAGUGGCGUGCCCAAACGGGAUGUGUGCGAUGUGGACGGCCGGUACUACGCCAUCGGAGAGUAUUUCUGGGCAACAACGGACUGCACGGUGGAGUGCCAGUGCGAGGAUGGCGGGGAGGCCAGGUGCUUUAACACCACCUGUCCUGAAGGAGAGGUCUGCACCAUUGAGAACGGCUACCGGGGCUGCUACCCCAAGCGCGAGAGCCGGGGUUUGAUAGGGCAGAACCCGGGGCUGCAGACGUUUGAUGGCAUCGCCUUCCCCUAUCCGCUGGAACACUCUUACACGCUGCUCAAAACCUGCCCAGAAAGACCGGAAUUCAUCGAGGUGGACAUCAGCCAGAAGAAGCCUGGAACCUCUCCUAACGGGCCUCGCGUCGUGCGGAUCCAGGCAGUUGGUCAGGAGGUGAAGAUCGGAGGCACUAGCCUGUCGGAGAUCAAGGUGAACGGUUAUGACGUGGAGCUGCCCUAUUUCCACCCUUCCGGCCGCCUGGAAAUCUACCGCAGCGACAACAGCACCGUGAUGGAGUCAGAGGGGCUCCUGGCUAUGGACUACUACGACUCGGGCCUUCUGGAGAUCCGCCUCUCCACCGCCUAUUUCAACUGCACCGGAGGCCUCUGCGGCUCCUUCAACGGCAACGCCAGCGAUGAAUUCUGCCCGCCCAAGGGCAAGUGCACGGACAACCUGGAGGUCUUCCUGGAGAGCUGGACUACGUUCGACGAGAUCUGCAACGGGGAGUGUGGGGAUCUCCUCAAGGCUUGCAACAACGACUCCGAGCUGCUCAAGUCCUACAGGAGCCGCUCCAACUGUGGCAUCAUCAACGACCCGACGAACAGCUCCUUCCUGGAGUGCCAUAGCGUGGUCAACGUCUCAGCCUACUACAGGACGUGCCUCUUCCGUCUGUGCCAGAGUGGGGGCAACCGCUCGGAGCUGUGCGACUCAGUCGCGCGCUACGCCAGCGCCUGCAAGAAUUCCGAGGUGGACGUCGGCCAGUGGAGGAGCCACAGUUUUUGCCCUCUCGCCUGCCCGGAGAACAGCCACUUCGAGGAGUGCAUGAGCUGUGUGGAGACCUGUGAGACCCUGGCCACGGGUCCCAUCUGUGCGGACACCUGCGCAGAGGGCUGCCAGUGCGAUGAGGGCUUCGCCCUCCGAGGCACCCGCUGCGUUCCCCGGGGCGAGUGCGGCUGCAAUUUUGAGGGGCGCCAGCUGGCCACCACCCAGACGUUUUGGAUGGACAUUGCCUGCCACUUCCUCUGCUACUGCAACGGCUCCGACAACAGCGUGUACUGCGAGAACGUCUCCUGUAAGGACGAUGAGUACUGCCUGGAGGAGAACGGCCUCUACUACUGCCACGUCCGCACGGAUGCUUCCUGCAUCAUCUCCGGCUACGGACACUACCUGACUUUUGACGGCUACUCUUUCGACUUCCAGAGCAGCUGCGCCUUGGUCCUGUGCACCACGAUCGCCUGGCCGAGGGCAGAACGCUCUGACACUUUCCCAGCAUUCACCGUCACAGCCAGGAACGAGGAUCGGGACACAUCUCUGGCCCUGUGGGUGAAACAGGUUGAAGUGGAAGUCUUCAAUUACAACAUCGUCAUCCACCGUGCCUACAAAUACACUGUGCUGAUCAACGACGAGCGUCUCUACCUGCCCCUGAAGUUGGGCCAGGGCAAAGUGAACAUCUUUGCCUUUGGCUUUCACAUCGUGGUCGAGACUGACUUUGGGCUGAAGGUGGUGUACGACUGGAAGACCUUCCUCUCUGUCACUGUCCCACGCAGCUUCCAGAACCUGACCUACGGCCUCUGUGGCGGCGACCGGUGUCCUGCCUGCGGGAAGGUGGAAGGCUUCUGGAAACCCCAGCAGCUCUGCAGCCUCAUCCCGAGCCAAAGCGGCGUCUUUGCCAAAUGCCACAGCAAGAUCAACCCCAGCUUCUUCUACAAGAACUGCCUCUUUGACACGUGUGUUGAUGGAGGAGCCAUGCAAACGGCCUGCAGCUGGCUGCAGAAUUACGCCAGCACAUGCCAAACACAGGGCAUUGCCAUUACCGGCUGGAGGAACUUCACCUCGUGCUCCGUCAGCUGUCCCCCCAACAGCCACUACGAGAGCUGCGUGUCCCUGUGCCAGCCCCGGUGUGCUGCCAUCCGGCUGAAGAGCGACUGCAGCCACUACUGCGUGGAGGGGUGCCAGUGUGACCCCGGGUACGUCCUCAACGGCAAGAGCUGCAUCCUUCCCCACAACUGCGGCUGCUACUCUGACGGCAAAUACUACGAGCCCAAGCAGCUUUUCUGGAAUGGAGACUGCACCCGCCGGUGCCGCUGCUUCCGCCGCAACCUCAUCCAGUGUGACCCGCGGCACUGCAAGUCGGACGAGGAGUGUGCCCUGCGCAACGGUGUCCGCGGCUGCUUCAGCACCAGGAGCUCCUUCUGCCUGGCAGCGGGCGGUGGCGUCUUCCGCACCUUCGACGGAGCCUUCCUCCGCUUCCCCGCCAACUGCGCCUUUGUCCUCUCCACCAUCUGCCAGAAGCUGCCUGACUUCUCCUUCCAGCUCAUCAUCAACUUCGACAAGUGGUCUUCACCCAACCUCACCAUCAUCUCCCCAGUGUACUUCUACAUCAACGAGGAGCAGAUUCUUAUCAGUGACAGGAAUACUGUCAAGAGUGAGGUCAGCCUCGUGAGCAUCCCCUUUGUCACGGGGCUUUCCACGAAGAUCUUCAGCCAGGAGGGCUUCCUGGUCAUCGACUCUAGCCCCGACAUCCAGAUCCGCUACAACGGCUUUAACGUCAUCAAGAUUGCCAUCGGGGAGCGGCUGCAGAACAAGGUGUGCGGCCUCUGCGGCAACUUCAACGGUGACCGGACGGACGACUACGCGACGCUGCGGGGGAAGCCGGCAGUGAGCAGCGUGGGGCUGGCACAGAGCUGGAAGACCAACGGCAUGCAGAAGAG